UCCUCUCCUCCUAUUUGGGGAACUACCAAAUCUGGGAUGACCUUGUAUUUGACAUGGAGUUACCAUGGAACCUCUUGCUUCAAAAGGAUUUUUCUUGUUUCUGCACAGACCUUUUACUGUGUUUUUUAAAAAAAAAUUUUAUUCAUCUUUUGCUGCUCUUUGAUUGUUUUUUUACAUAAUGAUCCAAAGGCGAGUUUUGGAAAGUGUGAUGUGCUCUUGUGCCUAUUUGCAGGCCGACUAUAAAUAGUCCAACUGCCUACGCAUGCUCAUGUUUGAUUGGAAAUUGCAGUGCCUUGAGUCAGUGCUGUGGCGUAUCUGUCAAAGGAGGGAAAAAGAAACUUGUGGACGCUCACAAUUAUCUCUCAGGAAAGCCAAAAAUAAGUGACCACACAACCUUUUUUUCCCCUGGAAAACUUUUUAUUUUCCUUGAGUGUCUCAUUGUCUUGUGGAAUAUGGGUUCGCGGAGGGCACCGACUGGCUCCUCUUCUGGGAAUGGAAGGAAUGGGGAUAACGGCAAUGGCGGUAGCCGGCCUGGCGGCUGCAGCUACCUGUCCAACUUGAGGCCAGGAAACAGGAGCACAUUCUGCAGUGUGAUGGCACAAUUGACUGAGGAAACGCAGCCCUCCUUCGAAACAACCCUCAAGUCAAAAGCUGUGUCAGAGAAUUGCAACGUGAAGUUCUCGUGUGUGGUUACAGGAUACCCCAUCCCUCAAGUUACAUGGUAUAAGGAUGAUAUGCAGCUAGAUAGAUACUGUGGACUGCCUAAAUAUGAACUAUUCCACAAUGGACAAAACCAUUCCCUGCACAUUUACAAUUGCACUGUGGAGGAUGCAGCUAUAUACCAGGCUUCAGCCAUCAACAGUAAAGGUAUCGUGUCCUGCUCUGGGGUACUGGAGGUCGGUGAAAUGAAUGAGUUCAAGAUCCACGAGCGCUAUUUCGCAAAGCUCAAACAAAAGGCUGAGCUCCGGCGCAGGGAAGCAGAAGGAAAAGAAAACCAGGAGCCGCUACGAACCAUCAGUCCAGACCGGACACAGAGGAAGCGCCGCUCCACAAUGGAAGCCUUUCUCAGCACGCCAAGCUCCAUGGAAGAUGAGGGCAACGAGGAGAACCAUCAGGCUGUGGCUGUGGAGACUGAGGCCAGGUUGCAGGAGAAGGCCACUGUGGAGGAAGCUGAGGAAAAGCUGGUCUCUAAUGGACAAGUCCCGACUGAAAAUGGAAAUAAGGACGGGACAUACAUAUAUGAUGCUGCUCAGAAGAGUUUCACUGCACACAAACCCAAGACUCCCUUUGUCAAGAAGAAGAUUAAAAUUUCUAACAGUGCUAAAUAUGGUAAAGCAGAUACACUGGGAGAAAGGGCAUCUGAGGAAAGAAGAGCAAAAGAUGAGACCUCAGCCUCUGUAGCUCCCCCCUGCAUACAGUCAGUACAUUCUAAGGGGAAUUCAGAGGAGGUUAUGGAGGUAGAGAAGAUCGUGAAUUCAGACGACAGACACGUGACUGGACAAUGUCAGAAAUCCGCAACACAGAAAGCAAUGCUUGUUGAAGGGCCUUCACAGGGUGAAAAUAUUAGUCAUGCGCCUUCAAAGACCGAACAGCUCACAGAUUCAGUAUCUCCUGCUGCUACUCGAACACCUGAAGGUCAAUCUGUGUCAGGAACUCAAGGUGAUCAUGUUGCAAAGCACGAGAAUGGGGCUGGACACAAAGAAACCAAAGACAAUUUGGAAAUGCAGAAACAGAGUCCUGACCUCAACCUCAAGGUUACCUCAACACAACUACGGUCAAGUGUUGCAUCAACAAUCCGUGCCGUUAGAAAGGAGGCCAUUGUUAAAACGGAAGAUGCUACAGCCAUGGAUAUUGAUGAGAAGUCAGACACUUCCACAAAUGGAUCUCUAGCACACAGAGACCUCGAGUCAGUGGAGCCGCCGUGUGAAAGGAGAGCUGCUCCGCCCGAGCGUCCAUGUGAACAGGCUGCAGAUAAGCUGUCUGAGAAGGAAACAAGCCCCUGCCAAAAAAGUGUGUCUGAGUCCCGGCCAGCCCUGCUGAGUGAGGUUACACAGGCCCAUACGAAGAACGAUGCACCUGUCAACAUCGAGCUUCCACCCGACCACUGUACAAUGGACGCACAACCACCACAAAAGACUCCUUCGGAAAGAAAGAUUGUGGGAGAUGACACACAGACCCCGUCUUUACACCGUGGCCUUCAAGCAGCCAUUGGCAAAAUGACACAGGACAUAUGGGAUCAUUCCAGGGGAUCAAAUGAAAGCCAUGCGGUCCUUUUAACAGACUUAAAGAAGUCACCCCUCGAAAGCCUUGGUGCUGGUGAGAAAACCAGAGAGUGUAACGCUGAUAUGGCUGUAAAAGCUGUUGAAGGGACAGAAAUACAAGUUGAUGAGAAGGUAGAGGGUAACAGGCUAGGUAGGUUAAUAAUGCAGACUGACAGUGUGGCCCCAAAUGAAAAGAUAUUUGAGAUGGAGACGGAAACUGCUGCUCGAGAUAUGGUUGAAAAGAACACAGUAGUGGAUAAAGACGCCGUUGUUGUCGUUGUGGAAGCUUCUCGUGAAGAGAAGAAUGAACCGUUAUUGAAAAUUACAGAAUUACAGAAUCUAAAGCCAAAAGGACCUGAGACUGCCAUGCCACAUUUCACAAACUGUCCAGAAAAUAUGAACACACUGGACCAACUGGUAAGUUUCAAUGAAAUUCCAAAGCCUGGAUCGAAAGUCAUAUCUGUCGCUGAACUUCUGAGAUCACAAAUAAAAGCAUUGGACCUCACGUUGGAAAAUUCAGUUCAAGAACCAGCAAUAACAGAUGAAUGUCAGGGAUUAAGACUCGAUGAGAGAAAAUGUAAAGUGGAAGUGAAGAAGUUAAUGCCUGCCAGGAAAUCUGAGACAAUUACUGAUGAUAAUCCUCCUGCAAACAUAAAGACAAUGCUUAUGGAGGUGUAUCAUCAACUAAAUACAACCAAUCAGGAACAAAUUCAGACUCAAAGUAAAACUGCCUCACCUGUUCAGGCUUUACAAAACCCUCCUGUUAUCAAGACUACAAGACACAAUGGCAGUGUCAAAAAAUUUAAGGAAGGUGAUAUGGAUACUGGCCAGGAAACUGGAGUAUCACAUAGGCCUACUUUGACAGAUUGCCAUGUUGUUCCACCCACUGGUGGUCAAAAUGCCAAACACAAAUGUCUUCCUUCAAUCACAAAGGAUGAACUCACCAACAGGUCUGUAGCUGUCAGUCGAGGAUCAGGGACUCCUAUAAAGGCCAGUAGUCAGGAGUCAAAUAUUACGAUUUUGGAGCAUGUCCAAGAUGAACGUGUUGAAGACAAAGAUGUGGAUUUGAUAAAAAAGUUAACUCCAGAAAUAAAACUCAAUGGCAAAACUGCAAGGGGGGUUGCAGAAAUGAAUUCCACAACCCUUUUAGACACAAUCACAAGCUCUUUGCAGAGCGUGAAAACGUUUCCCGCUCAAAGUGUACUGAGCACGGACCCACGAGAGAAUGAUAUUCAACCUCUUCAGCUGGACAGCUCUAUGGCUGAGGAUUUUUCAAGGAGUGACUCCUUAACCAAUCUGACUCCUGAGGCGAGUCCGUUGUUCAAGAAAAGAGACUGUGUUUCACCUCUUCCCUCUGCUACUCCUCAAGAGCUGGCCUCUGGCGCCCGCCGCAAAAUCCUAACACCCAAGGCCAAACCAGAGGAGGCCACAGAGGCCACAUCGCACGUUGAAAGCCCUGUUCCGAAAAAGGAGGCCUCCACCCAGAGCAGCAAGCUUUCCGCAAGCCCUGUGACCCCCUCUGUGUCUCCAAGCCUGUCUCGACGGUCACCUCUACUUCAGUCGCCUGGUGAGAGAAUCUCUCCAGUAGAAAAGUGUUCUCCGCUCUUGAGCAGGAGGAAGACAGCGUUGGAGACCGAAGCUCCGAGCCAGCAGCCCACUGAGAAGAUCCACAACCUGAAAACGGAGGGGAAACCUACAGAGAGGGACAAGCACGACCCAUUCAAAGCACCUCAGGUUAUUCGCAAGAUCAGGGGCGAGAGCUUCGCCGAUGCCUCGGGCCACUUGAAACUGUGGUGCCAGUUCUUCAACGUUCUGAGUAACUCCACAGUCAAAUGGUGCAAAAAUGAAGAGGAGAUUGCUCGGAUUCAAAGAAAUUCAGGGGAUGAGACUCAGGUCAAUCUUGCCAUUGUUCAAGCAUCCUGCAGAGACUUUGGUGUCUACGGAUGCUCAAUCACAAAUGAAUAUGGGACAGACUCAACAGACACACUACUUAGUGCAGAGAUUUUAGCAGGGAUGUCCCUUCGUGAGGAUCUUAGUGUUGGAGAAGAAAUCGAAAUGACACCCCUGCUAUUCAACAAGGGCGUGGCGGAUUCUGGCAUCUGGGGCAACAAAUUAUUUGGCCGAAUAAUGAUGCAGGAAUCACAUAUUGGCGAUGGCUGUUCUCAUAAAGUCUGGAGGGCAAAAGUUAUCUAUGGUCUGGAGCCCGUGUUUGAGUCUGGUAACACAUGUGUCAUUAAAGUACGCAACCCCAUCGCCUAUGGAGGCAAAGAAGAAAGUGGGCUCAUAGAAAGAAACCUAGACAUUGUCAAGCAGGAGUGUAAAAUUCAGAACUUGGCUCGUGAAUACUGCAAAAUAUUCUCAGCAGAGGCGAGAGUGAUUGAAAGCUUUGGCCCCUCUCUUGAGGUGAUUCCGGUCCACUUGAUGUACCGGCCAGCGAACACUGUCCCCUAUGCCACAGUGGAGGCUGAUCUCACAGGAGUCUAUCAGAAAUACUCCGUCCUGGAUCACACAGGCAGGAUGGAUGUGAAGACUGGUUCUGCGGUGGAGCAGAAAUGUUGUGCCCUGCAGCACUGGAUCUGUCAGUGGACCAAUGGCAAUCUGCUCCUCUCUCGGCUAGAAGGUGUUGACACUAAGAUCACCAAUGUUGGGAUUUCAGUCAAAUCUACGGGGCAUCAAGGUCUCUCUGUUGAAGGGAAUCCCAAAGUUUUUGAGCAGUUUGUCUCCCAGCACCAGUGUAACUACUUUUGUGGUCUGCUUGGCCUGAGGUCACUGAAGGUCAUGGACUCUUUAUUAACACCAACAAAGCCCAAGGGCUCCAGGAGCCCAUUACUUCAACGCAAGAUGGCUGCUGGUUCUUCUAGCCCACAGACUGGCCGUAAAGCUGCUGGCAGCCCCAGACUGCCAAGAAAAGCUGAACAAGAAGGCAGAAAGACCCCCACAGGACAAAAAGCUGCUGAUGCUCCCGGAGUUGUUAAGAUGGCAUAAAAUGAACAUGUCUUUGAAAUCGCAGGUAUUCACAAAAAAAAGGAACUGAAGGGAAAUAGACAGUGGAUGAAACCCUUCAGAGACCAGGGAAGGAGGUUGAUGAAUAAUAAGACUUUAUUUAAUUUUAACAGCCACCAUUCCUUGCCAUGAUCACUCAUUGUGGACUGAUGCCCUCACAUGUUUUGGUAAAUCUCCACUGUGUCUUGUAUGUAUGUUCAAAUCCUACUGAAGCUGUUGUGUGAUGAGAUGUUUGUGGGUUUCCUGGGUUUGUAUCUUCGAAGUCCACGUACCAUUGGUCACAGAUUGUAGAUGCCAGUCUGAAGUCAGGGUAUUUGUACUUUGUGAUGACAUCAACCAUUUUAAAAAACAAAACUGGGAUAGUACUGGAACAGUACACCUCAUUGUUAUAGAGCAAGUUCAAACGGCCAGGAGUUUUUUCAUGUCUCAAUUCAGCCUCAAAUUACACUGUUGUACAGUGUCUGAUGCUGCAAAGCUUUUAUAUUGUAAGCUGUCAUGUUUACCUGCUAUUCUGCAUUGCACUGCAUUUUUAGAAACUGCACCUUUGAAUGCAACUGGCUGUAAAAUAAAAGACAUAAUUACGCCUUGUA